GCGGAUACCGUUAUCUAUUGGCUGAUCCAUUUUCGGACGCCAUGUCUUCUCUCUGAUUGGGGUCCGUCAUUUCAGUAUGCUUCAUUAUAAGCUUGCUGACAGCUUCGGAUGUUCGGCGACUUUCGGUUCUCCGUGUAUUUGCAAUGACAUCCUGUUGGAGCAGCUGAUUUCCACAAUUCAUUCUUCAGGCCUCUGGUCCAAGUUCUCUAACUUUGUUUCCGUUCUCGAGAAUUCUUCUGGCCUAUCAAAAGACGAUUUCUGUCGUCCAGUUCCCCAAUCCCAUUCAGCUAUUAUCAUGUUGCGCUCAUUUUUCGAUUUGUGCAUUCAGCUCAACACCACAAUUGCUGAAACUCUGUGCACCAUCUGUGAGGUCUUCAGCCUCGAUGAGUUGCAUACUGCUAGCCCGGAACUACAGGACGAAAUCCACUCCAUUGUCUCUUCCAUCGUAAUCCCGCCUCAUACCCGAGACCAAGUUGAUCUGCUGCUCUACGUCUAUCUAUGCCUUGAACUUGAGGCAGCUGAGUUGGAAUGCGAUCAAUACAAUGUGUUCUCUUCUGUACUAACCGUGGAGCAGUGUGAAGCGAAGCAACGUUUGCUGCACUUAGGUCGUCAGUUAAAUCUACCAAGACAGCCAUUCACUCUCUCUCCAUGUUGCAAGCAACUAUUUGUCCCUUAUGCCAAGACGGCUUUGACUCAUCGUAUCAAACUACUCUGUGCUCAGAGCUACUCUGAACACUUUCUGGAUCCGUUGCUUAAAUAUAAGAAUGCGAUCAUGAAAAAGUUCUGGUUGCUCAACGUGUUCUCUGGCGAAUCGAAGCAUGAGCAACGGAUACUGGCCAGUCAGUUACCAGACGAAUUGGUUUAUCAGUUGUUCUAUGAAGUCCGAAAGCCGGAUCUGUUUUCACUCAUCAUUGAAUUUCCGGACUCAAUGGCUGCUCUUCAAGAUUUGGGCAAGUGCUUGGAUCACGUCUCGUUUCGUCACGAUCUCAUCACCCAUCUCACAGAAUGCAUUAGACGAAGACUUCUUCAUCCUGGAGUACACACGGAGCAAAUACUAGUUGCGUAUGGCUAUCUGGUACGUGCGUUGCGGUUGAUUGACAAAUCAUCCCUUGUUCAAGACGUCGUUUGUCGCCCGGUCUCGAAGUGUCUACGACAGCGGGAUGACGCUGUCCAUUGUAUUAUGGACAAGCUGUUAUAUACCCCUGAACAAGAAAUCGAUGGCGAGGCUCACGCGAAUCCUGAGGAUCCAUCCGCGACUUCAACUGAACUCUACUCUGAGCUGUUGUCGCGCAAGCCCCUCGAAGUUGCAUCAGUUGAUGGAACCGAGGAUAGUGACGCUGAGUUUGUCUUUGAAGAUCCUGCGUACGACGAAGAUGUGUCAACUGUUGGGCGUACAACUGGUCACAGUGGCUCCAACGAAGGUUGGGGCAGUAAUUGGCAACCUGACCCAGUGGAGGCGAUGUACCAGGGUGGACUUUGGCGACGACGUUUGGACCUAUUGAGCAUGCUCGUCAGCAUCUACGGCAGUAAAAAAGCGUUUUUGGUGGAAUACAAACAGCUACUUAGUCAGCGUUUGUUGCGCCAGCGUAGUUUUCAUACCGCCCGAGAAUUGCGCAAUUUAGAACUGCUGAAAUUGCGAUUUGGAGAACAAAAUUUGGUCGAAUGUGAAGUUAUGCUAAAAGAUAUUCGCGACUCAAAACGUGUCGCCGCAUUAGUUUCUGAAUCCAUGCAACGGACGCCAACCAGGUCGUCUAACGUCUUAUUACCGACGAAAUCGGAGUCUUCGCAGGCUCGUGGGCGAGCAGGUGAUCCACCAACGAAUGAAAACACGGAGCAUCCAGUCGCCACCUUCCCUCUAUCGGCUUAUAUUUUGUCUGCUCAUUACUGGCCUGAAUUGCUGAAUGAUCGAUUUAAAUUGCCGGAAGGGCUCCGGACCACUUUUGAUGCUUACGAACGUUCUUUCCAGAAGUUUAAAGGCAACCGCACACUACAGUGGAUGCACAAGCUGGGUCUAGUGAAUAUCGAAUUGGAACUGGGUGACCGUAAAGUGCAGAUGGAUGUCACUCCAUUACAGGCUUCUAUCGGUUACCUGUUCACUACUAGACGGACAUGGAGUCUGCGAGAUUUGGCACAGGAUCUAGAAACCCAAGUUUCCACCGUCCGUCAAGCCUUGCACAUUUUUGUUCAGUCCGGAUUCAUACAUCAAUGUCCUACACCUGAAGCUUCCUCCGAUGUUCGCGCGGAACUGUUUGAAGUGUGUGAUGCAAGUUCAGGUUAUAACAGUCGAGGGGCUAUGUAUGAUCUGGAAUCGAGCGCAGAUAAAACAGAUCGAUCGUGUCAACUACCAUCCAGUGAGAGGUAUUUCUCGAAUCAGGACUCUGAAAUGGAUGCUGUGGUGUCCAGUGUCCGGGAGAGAAGAGAGAAAGAAUUGCAGGUUUUUUGGUCUUACAUCGUGGCGAUGCUCACCAAUCUCGGGGGUCUCACCUUGAGUCGCAUCCACUCCAUGCUACGCAUGUUUGCUAUGGGAUCCACCUCCGGGCUGGAUUGCACCCGAGAAGAGCUGAAACAGUUUUUGGAUAAAAAGCUACACCAGUCCGAAUUGGCCUUCGAUGGAGAGACGUAUACGUUAUUCAAACCAGAUAGUUAACCCAAUAGCAUCUGAUGUACAUAUACUGCUAUAAUAAACAUUCUGCUAUUCACCUGAAUUAAAGUGUGUUGUCGAAUUUCUAUCCCUUUCGC